GAACGCUGUUAUCGGAGAAAGCGAUAAAACCCGUUAGAUGAUUCAUGCACACGCUGCCUGACUACUUCACACACACACAAAUACAAGAGACAGGUUUACAGUCUUCGUUGUACGAACGCAGUGUGCAGUGUUUAGUUUGAAAAACAACCAUUCAUAGAUCGUUGGAAGCAUGUUUCACAAUUCUGGCCAGACGCCGGGUGCGAUGGGCUGCUGUCAAGAUUCGAAACGGAAAACCCUGGAGCCCGGAGACGCUGUUAGGUUUGACUGUGGGAAAAUACAACACUGGGCUGUCUAUGUGGGGAAUGGUGAUGUUGCCCACAUGACAGCCAAUGGAGUGCUUCGACAGAAUAUUAUGCAGGUGGCCAAUGAAAAUCCCUUUUACAAAGACAACUCCUUCGACAAGAAGCAAAGACCGUUCAUGACGCAAGGGAUCCUGGACAUGGCGCGUACUCGCCUGGGGGACAAAUCGUACAACCUUCUCACCAACAACUGCGAAUCGUUCGUCAACCAGGUCCGCUGUGGCAACGCCAAGAGUCAACAAGUCGAAAAGUAUUUGAAGAAACACCACCUGGAUAACUUUGAGUACACGGACUACGGACCAAACGGAACCACUCAAACCACUCACAUGACCACGGGACAUGGUCACGUGUCACAUACGUCAAGCGUCUCGACGUCAUCAUCCGCUGGUCAAGGUCACGGUCAGCAAGGUCACGUCUUUUCUUCCGUUACCGGAAACGGGACAGCGACGGCGACUUCAACCGGCCCGAAGGGAACAAUGAGCAGUAUUUCGUCACCAGGGGGCACUGUGUAUGCGGGAUCGCCAAAUAUGGGAGCACACGUGACCAAUCUUGGACCUCCGGCAAGAGAUAUCCAUAAGGAGUUAUUCUGCCAUGGAUGUCACCCGGAGAAGACCCCGACUAACCGGUUAUAAAUAAAACCACCCAGAGAAGGCCCUGGCUAACCAGUUAUAAAUAAAACGUGAAAUAUUCAUAGCAUGUUAGUCCAGGAGUAAUAACUUAAACUUGACCAAAUGUAAAAUAAAUUACAGUAGUAAGAAGCUGAAAGUCGCAAGUAGUGUGGGUCAUAUUGGAUAUAUAGAUCAUCGUAAUGGCAACAUUAAUUCUCCUUCAUCCACCCCCCCCCCCCCCCUCAAAUCAUGUAAUUAAUGAUUUCAUUGCACAACUUGUAUUUAGACACUUUCUUUGCAUUUUUAUUAUGUCUGGUUGCAAUGCUAUUAUAAAAUAGAUAAUGGCGGCCAUCUUGAAUUCCCGACUUAGCUCUUCGUGGAUUUGCGAGGACUUAUCAUACUCUAUGGCAACCUUUCUGAAUAUUUCAACCUGUUACCAAUGUGUGUCCAGGUAUGACGUAAUACCCCGGGCCAAUGUCACACUAGACGAAAUCCUGUUGACAGUGAAACACGUAGCGUUUGGACUGCUUUGAAAUUUAAAAAAAACUUUAAAACACUGACUGGACUUGGACCUUGCUUCCUAUAUACAAAAUGUGAACCUCUUUCGCUGUACUAGUACAACUCUGACAAUUGCUGUGGAGAUUGCCGUGUCGUUUUCUACUUUCCGCGGCAUUGAUUUUGCCGUAGAAAAUAUUUUAUUUUAUUGAAGUAAUAUU